AACAGUUAAAACAAAAGCCCUAACUAAAACCCCUCUUCUUAUCCACAAACUACACUGUCCAUACACCAUUCUUCAAAGCCAUGUCCAUUGCCAUUCCUAAGCUUCUAUUUCCUCUCCGUUCGUCCUCCUUCUAUUCCAAUCCCAAAUUCCCAUUCCGCAAACCCAAGCCCUCUCUCUCGCCCCCAAAACAUCUGCGUAUAACAUGCGCUCAGAGGACCAAAAGAACCGGGAAAUUGAGGUACCCGUCGGAGAAAAAGAAGCUCAAGUUGCAGCAAAAAGCUCAGAUUGAUGUGAAAAACAAGUUUGAAGGCGUUUGGAGGCUGUCCAAUCUCGGCGUUUCGGUUCAUACAGAUCCUGGCAAAGAUUUCCUCGACGUUUCCGAUGCUUUGCUUCAAGAAAUCGCUAAAGUUCUUGACUUUCCGGUCGCUUCCAUGUUGCCGCCAGAAGCAUUUACUGUUGUUAGAAAAUCUUUUGAUGCCCGCAAGCUACAGAAGGAACCAAAAUUUGUCUAUACUGUGGAUAUGGAUGUCCCUAAACUUAUAAGUUUAGAGCCUCGCACCUGGGACUUCAUCUCUGAGUUGGAACCCAAAGCUGGACUUGUCGAGCAUAUUUUUGACAAUAGAAUUUCUGGUGAUAUAAUGAGUAUGAUACAUUCUUGCAGAGAGUUAGAUCAGACUUCUGAUUGUACUGAAGGAGUUGAUAGCAAUAUCUCCAGUGGUUCGUACAGGUUGCCCGUUAUUAGAAAACCGAAAGUUGCUGUUGUUGGCAGUGGACCUGCCGGCUUGUUUGCUUCCCUGGUGCUUGCUGAAUUUGGUGCCGAUGUUACGUUACUUGAAAGAGGGAAGGCGGUUGAGCAGAGGGGGCGUGAUAUUGGUGCUUUGGUAGUUCGAAGGAUGUUAGAAGGAGAAAGCAACUUUUGCUUUGGGGAGGGUGGUGCAGGUACUUGGAGCGACGGGAAGCUAGUUACUAGAAUUGGUAGAAACAGUGGUGCCGUUUUAGCUGUUUUGAAGACAUUGGUUCAAUUUGGCGCUCCAAAGAAAAUUUUGGUCGAUGGAAAGCCUCAUCUUGGAACUGAUAAAUUGGUUCCACUACUUCGAAACUUUCGGCGCCACCUACAAGAAUUGGGUGUUACAAUCAAGUUUGGGACGAGGGUUGAUGAUAUACUCGUAGAGGACGGAUACGUGACGGGAGUCAAGGUCUCCGAUUCAAGUGACAGCCAACGGUCUAUUAGCCAGAAGUUGGGAUAUGACGCAGUUGUUUUAGCAGUUGGGCAUUCUGCUCGUGACACAUACGAAAUGCUUCUUUCUCAUAAUGUGAACCUUGUCCAAAAAGAUUUUUCCGUUGGUUUUCGUGUGGAGCACCCGCAAGAAUUAAUAAACACCAUACAGUAUUCGGAAUUAGCCAGCGAGAUUAUUAGCGGACGUGGGAGAGUUCCGGUUGCUGAUUAUAAGGUGAUGGGGCAUCUAAAUAGUGAUGGCAUGGAUUCUCCUGAAUCGGGACCACCCGGGCGUAGCUGUUACUCGUUUUGUAUGUGUCCUGGUGGCCAGGUUGUUCUCACAAGUACAAAUCCUUCAGAACUCUGUAUCAAUGGCAUGUCGUUUUCUCGAAGAUCGUCUAGGUGGGCAAAUGCUGCACUUGUGGUCACUAUCUCGCCAAAGGACUUUGCGGCUUUAAGUUUAAACGGACCCCUUGCUGGAGUCGAGUUUCAGAGAAUUUUUGAACGAAGGGCAGCUGUGAUGGGUGGGGGGAGUUUUGUCGUACCUGUGCAAACCGUGACUGAUUUUCUUGGCAAUAAAGCAUCAGUGGCACCGCUACCAUCCUCGAGUUAUCGGUUAGGAGUAAAAGCAGCAAAUCUCCACGAACUAUUCCCCGACCAUAUAACCGUGGCUCUGCAAAAAUCAAUUCUGAUGUUUGACGAAGAGUUACCGGGAUUCAUUUCCAGCAGCGCCCUUCUUCACGGAGUUGAGACGAGGACUAGUUCUCCGGUUCAAAUCUCCCGGAGAAGCGAUACGUUUGAGAGCACGUGUUUGAAAGCGCUGUAUCCGGUGGGAGAGGGAGCAGGCUAUGCAGGUGGAAUUGUGAGUGCAGCCGUUGAUGGGAUGCAUGCUGGGUUUGCUUUGGCUAAAAAUUUGGGUCUGUAUGAGAGCAACCUAGACUCUGUUCUGGGCAAGGCUCAGAAUGUGGGGGUUGUCAAGUACUGAAAACAUCUCUGAAUAGGCUUUGUAGUUUGACUUCAAAUUUUUUCUCUUGCAAAUGUUAAAUUUUUGUGUGACCCGUUGAAUAGAAAAGAAAAAAAGUUAAAUAGUAAAAAAGUAGAACACGCUCCUGCAA